GAUCAACCCCACACUCCUACAUCCCAUUUUAUGUGCUUGUCACCGGCUUAUGGUUCAUGGCGUGUAUCGUGUUUAGCGCGUCAAACCUUUUUUUUUUUUUUCUGUGGUAUGGUCAUGCGCUGAUUGCAACACGAGCUAUCACAGCAGUCUGGAAUCAGCCGCAGGCCGCUAAACAUCUGCUCACAGGCAGCAGCCCGUAUAUUUUGCAGGGCUGAGCAGACAAUGCGUGGAUACCUCUAGCGACAAGGAGACAACGAUCGCGUCCGCAGCUUUUGCCCAAAGCUAAUAGGUGGCGCUUGACGCUGUGUUAUCGCAAACCGCCUCUUCGAGUGUUCGGGCGCUGGCUGGGGCGGCUAGCAACGGCCCGCGCGCUCUCCGGUUUCGCGAACGGUGCCACCAGUGGGAAGUAUCUUCAUUGCCGCAAUUAGAGACCGCGUCCGCUCUGAUCCGCUUGUCUGGCUUGUCGCGAGGCCGUGUCGACAGACCGGGAAGCGCCGGCUUUAUUUGACGCGCGGCGGAGAGGUUGUGCGUAGAGUUUUCUUAAAGAAAAAGCCACCGGCCAAGGAAAGUACGCACUCUUGUGAGCUGGAUAUUAUGGAGACUCGACGACCGACCUACAAGCGUCACGAAGCUACGGGCUGGGUCUUUCCCCGGGACGGCUUCGAGUGGUCAGAGUUCGAAGGUGCCUGCAGCUACCAACCACGCUGCGACGACAUACUGCUGAUGACGUACCCGAAGUCAGGCACCACUUGGGUGCAGUACAUGCUGUACCUGCUCGUGCAUGACAUGAAACCCGUGCCUCUGGGAAGCCGACUGGACAGCUUCGCUCCAUUCCUCGAGAAGGGGGGCCUUGACCUCAUCGGUGCCCUGGAGAAGUCGCCUAGGCCCAUCAAGACGCAUCUGUCAUUCGAUGUGAUGCCGUGGCGUGCCGAGCCCCGCUACGUUUGUGUGGUGCGAAAUCCAAAGGACGUUUGCGUGUCUCUGUACCACCACGUACGGGGCUUCGAAAAGUACUAUCACUUCACGGACGGUAGCUUCGACGAUUUCUUCGAGGCUUUCCUGGAAGGCCAAGUGGACUCCGCCGACUAUCACGACCACCUGCUGUCACUUUGGCACCAUCGGAGCAAGGAGAACGUGCUUCUACUGACUUACGAAGACCUAAUGGAACGAACCCUGCAAGAGGUCGGUAGGCUCGUUGAACACGUCAGGCCGUGCUUCCCCGCCGACUGGAAGGCUCCCGACUUGGGGUCUCUUGUGGCCGCAGCGAGCUUCGACGUAAUGAAGGCGCAGCGUCCCGAGCAGUGGGCCAGCACCAGACCGGAAAACAUGCCGGGUUUCAUACGCCGCGGUCGCGUGGGAGACUGGCGCAACUACCUUACGGAGGAUCAGAACGAAAGGCUGCAGAGCAAGUUCGCACGCAAAUUGGCUGGUUCGGGCGCCGAGUUCCUCUGGCCAAAGGAGAUGAAGGGACGUGAAAGCGCGUGAAACGGCCGUGACCGUGUGUUUUGUGUGGGACCGGCGGCAUUCGGUGGUGGACGUGAAAAAAGUAGGGGGCGAAUUGCGACACUUGUCCACACAAAAGCCGUCACUUUCGUAGUCAAUGCGUGGUUGCUUUGGCUAAAUAAUAAAUUAGAUACCGAAUGGAAGAAGUUGUGUGCGCCUGAAAUGCGUGCUUUAUUCA